AUGGCGGCGCAAUCAAACCUGCGGGGGACGGCCGCAGAGGUCGCCAUCGCUGCCUUCACCGACAAGUGGAAGGCCUUCUUCAAGACCCGAUGGCGCAACACCUCGCGGGCCACGCGCGUCCUCGCGACCCUCCUCCUCACCCUCUCCAUCGUCGUCGGCGCCGAGGGCACGCGACGCCGCUGGAAGAGGCAGCAUGACGAGAGGGAGCAGGGCCGCAAGCUCGUCCGCACAAACUCGUGGCUGCACAACAAGGACGGCUCGCGGACCAUUUACGUCCCCUACAAGGAAGGCACCUCCAAGGUCAUCAUCAACACCACCAAGCCCCUCACCUUUGAGGCCCAUCGCCGGCUCUUCCUCAACCCGCCGCGGGUGUCCGGUCUCAGCCAUGGCACCGUCCCCUCGGCGCAGACCAAGCCUGGUCUCAACCUGGCCUUCUUGCACCAGUUCCUCAGCCUCAUGAGCAUCAUGAUCCCCCGCUGGUCCAGUAAGGAGGCCGGCUUGCUGCUCAGCCACGGCAUCUUCCUCAUGCUGCGGACGUAUCUCUCGCUUGUUGUCGCCCGCUUGGAUGGUGAGCUCGUCCGAGACCUGGUCGCCGGUAACGGCAAGGCGUUCAUCUGGGGCAUCCUCAAGUGGUGCGGUCUCGGCGGCUUCGCGUCGUACACUAAUGCCAUGAUCAAGUACCUCGAAUCCAAGGUAUCCAUCGCAUUCCGCACACGCCUGACGAGAUACAUCCAUGAUCUCUACCUCAACGACAACCUGAAUUACUACAAACUAUCCAACCUCGAUGGCGGCGUCGGCCACGGCGCUGAUCAGUUCAUCACCCAAGACCUGACCCUGUUCUGCGCGGCCGCCGCGAACCUGUACUCGUCGCUCGGCAAGCCCUUUGUCGACCUAUGCGUCUUCAACUUCCAGCUCUACCGAUCUCUGGGCCCCUUGGCGCUUUCUGGAUUAUUGAGCAACUACUUCCUGACAGCGAGCAUUCUGCGUCGUCUGUCGCCGCCCUUUGGCAAGCUCAAGGCCGUCGAAGGCCGCAAGGAGGGCGACUUCCGUGGCCUACACGCCCGUCUGAUUGCCAACGCCGAGGAGGUUGCUUUCUAUGGCGGCGCCGACAUGGAGAAGACGUUCCUAAACAAGGAGUACAAGUCUCUCAAGAGCUGGAUGGAGGGCAUCUACAUGCUCAAGAUCCGCUACAACAUCCUCGAGGAUUUCAUUCUCAAGUACAGCUGGAGCGCAUACGGCUACCUGCUCGCCUCCUUACCCGUCUUCUUGCCAGCUUGGGGCGGCGUUGGUGGAGCGGCGGAGAUGCUGGAAAGCGUUGCCAAGGGCGGCCGGGAGCGCAACCGAAUGAAGGACUUCAUCACCAACAAGCGGCUCAUGCUUUCGCUGGCCGACGCCGGCGGUCGCAUGAUGUACUCGAUCAAGGACCUGGCCGAGCUGGCUGGAUACACGAGCCGCGUGUACACGCUGAUAUCGACGCUCCACCGAGUCCAUGCCAAUGCGUACUACGUGCGUGGCGGUCAGAACGAACUCUACUCGCUGUCUGACGUUCAGGGCACCAUUCAGAAGGGUUUCGAUGGCGUACGAUUCGAGCAAGUGCCCGUGGUCGCUCCGGGGCUGUGGCCGCAAGGAGGAGAGGAGCUUACUGACUCACUGUCCAUGAUUGUCCGAAGCGGCGAGCACCUGCUGAUUUCCGGUCCCAACGGUGUCGGUAAGACUGCCGUUUCUCGCAUCCUCGCUGGGCUUUGGCCCGUGUACCGAGGACUCGUGAGUCGACCGAAGAGCAUCGGGCAGGACGGCAUCAUGUUCCUCCCGCAACGGCCGUACCUCAGCCCAGGCACUCUUCGCGACCAGGUCAUCUAUCCCGAUGGGCACGUCGACAUGAAGGAGAAGCGCAAGUCCGAGGACGAUCUGAAGAGGAUCCUCGAGGAGGCUAAGCUCGGCUACCUACCCGAUCGCGAGGGCGGCUGGGACACUCGAAAGGAGUGGAAGGAUGUGCUCAGCGGUGGCGAGAAGCAGCGCAUGCAGUUCGCCCGGCUGCUAUACCACGAGCCACAGUACGCCGUCAUCGACGAGGGCACGAGCGCUGUGUCCAGUGACGUCGAGGGCCUGCUCUACGAAACGUGCAAAGAAAAGGGAAUCACCCUGAUUACGAUCUCGACGCGCGCCUCGCUCAAGAAAUAUCACACGUACAACCUCGUUCUCGGCAUGGGCGACCAAGGCGACGAGUGGGAGUUUGAGCGCAUCGGCACGGAGCGGGAGAAGCUGCAGGUGGAGAAGGAACUGCAGGAGCUCCGCGAGCGCCUCGCCCAGGUCGACGAGUGGAAGAAGCGCCGCGACGACAUUGAGCAAGAGCUAGCGGCCGUGUGGACAGACAAGGGCGUGUCUUUGGAGGCACCCGACUACGUGGACGUUGCGGGAGAGCAGCAAGAGAAGUCGGAAGAGCGAGGCGACGAUGUUGGCGGGGAAGAGGAGCUUGUCAGCGCCGGUACCGAGGCGGCUGAUGAGCAUGAGGAGGCGGCGGAGGACGUGAUGGAGAAGGCCGAGGAGGCAGAGGAGGUGGCGGAGGAAGCCGAGGAGACAGAGGAGGACGAGGAGGAAGCCGAGGUGGAGGCAGAGGUUGAGGAGGAUGAGGAGGCAGAGGAGAUCAACGCAGCCGUCUCCUCGACGGCAGAGGACUCCGAUGGACAUCGGGAAGCAAGCGCAUAA